CCGGGGCUAGCGGGGCGCGGGCCGGGGAGGGGGAGCUGCCAGCGCUCUCCAUCCCCCUCCCCCCCGGGCGGGCCGGCGGCCGGGGGGAGGGCUGGCGGCGGCGGCUCGCUGUAUAUAUCUCGGCGCACCCCGCCAGGUCGCGCACAGCGCCCCGAGCCCAGGCGCCUCCCCGCCCCCCUCCCGCGCUCCGCGGCGGCGGCGGCGGCAGCAGUAGCAGCAAUAUGGCUGUUGAUGGGUGUUUGGGGUGGCGCUGGCGGCGGGAGGAGCUCCCCCGAGCCCCUGCGCCGGCUGCCCGUUGCUAGCUAUGGCAAAUGGUGGCGGCGGCGGCGGCGGCAGCGGCGGCGGCGGCGGCGGCGGCGGAGGCAGCAGUCUUAGAAUGAGUAGCAAUAUCCACGCGAACCAUCUCAGCCUAGACGCGUCCUCCUCCUCCUCUUCCUCUUCUUCUUCUUCCUCCUCCUCUUCCUCCUCGUCCUCGGUCCACGAGCCCAAGAUGGAUGCGCUCAUCAUCCCGGUGACCAUGGAGGUGCCGUGCGACAGCCGGGGCCAACGCAUGUGGUGGGCUUUCCUGGCCUCCUCCAUGGUUACUUUCUUCGGGGGCCUCUUCAUCAUCUUGCUCUGGCGGACGCUCAAGUACCUGUGGACCGUGUGCUGCCACUGCGGGGGCAAGACCAAGGAGGCCCAGAAGAUUAACAAUGGCUCAAGCCAGGCGGAUGGCACUCUCAAACCAGUGGAUGAAAAAGAGGAGGCAGUGGCCGCCGAGGUCGGCUGGAUGACCUCCGUGAAGGACUGGGCGGGGGUGAUGAUAUCCGCCCAGACACUGACUGGCAGAGUCCUGGUUGUCUUAGUCUUUGCUCUCAGCAUCGGUGCACUUGUAAUAUACUUCAUAGAUUCGUCAAACCCAAUAGAAUCCUGCCAGAAUUUCUACAAAGAUUUCACAUUACAGAUCGACAUGGCUUUCAACGUGUUCUUCCUUCUCUACUUUGGCUUGCGGUUUAUUGCAGCCAAUGAUAAGCUGUGGUUCUGGCUGGAAGUGAACUCUGUAGUGGAUUUCUUCACGGUGCCUCCCGUGUUUGUGUCUGUGUACUUAAACAGAAGUUGGCUUGGUUUGAGAUUUUUAAGAGCUCUGAGACUGAUACAGUUUUCAGAAAUUUUGCAGUUUCUGAAUAUUCUUAAAACAAGUAAUUCCAUCAAGCUGGUGAAUCUGCUCUCCAUAUUUAUCAGCACGUGGCUGACUGCAGCCGGGUUCAUCCAUUUGGUGGAGAAUUCAGGGGACCCAUGGGAAAAUUUCCAAAACAACCAGGCUCUCACCUACUGGGAAUGUGUCUAUUUACUCAUGGUCACAAUGUCCACCGUUGGUUAUGGGGAUGUUUAUGCAAAAACCACGCUUGGGCGCCUCUUCAUGGUCUUCUUCAUCCUCGGGGGACUGGCCAUGUUUGCCAGCUACGUCCCUGAAAUCAUAGAGUUAAUAGGAAACCGCAAGAAAUACGGGGGCUCCUAUAGUGCGGUUAGUGGAAGAAAGCACAUUGUGGUCUGCGGACACAUCACUCUGGAGAGUGUUUCCAACUUCCUGAAGGACUUUCUGCAUAAGGACCGGGAUGACGUCAAUGUGGAGAUCGUUUUUCUUCACAACAUCUCCCCCAACCUGGAGCUCGAAGCUCUGUUCAAACGACAUUUUACUCAGGUGGAAUUUUAUCAGGGUUCAGUCCUCAAUCCACAUGAUCUUGCAAGAGUCAAGACACCAUGCAUAAGGCAGACCUGUCUCAGCGUUGGUUCUUUCUUUUUCAGAGUAAUCUCUAUAAAGAACUACCAUCCGAAGAUAAGAAUCAUCACUCAAAUGCUGCAGUAUCACAACAAGGCCCAUCUGCUAAACAUCCCGAGCUGGAAUUGGAAAGAAGGUGAUGACGCAAUCUGCCUCGCAGAGCUGAAGUUGGGCUUCAUAGCCCAGAGCUGCUUGGCUCAAGGCCUCUCCACCAUGCUUGCCAACCUCUUCUCUAUGAGGUCAUUCAUAAAGAUUGAGGAAGACACGUGGCAGAAAUACUACUUGGAAGGAGUCUCAAAUGAAAUGUACACAGAAUAUCUCUCCAGUGCCUUCGUGGGUCUGUCCUUCCCUACUGUUUGUGAGCUGUGUUUUGUGAAGCUCAAGCUCCUAAUGAUAGCCAUUGAGUACAAGUCUGCCAACCGAGAGAGCCGAAGCCGAAAGCGUAUAUUAAUUAAUCCUGGAAACCAUCUUAAGAUCCAAGAAGGUACUUUAGGAUUUUUCAUCGCAAGUGAUGCCAAAGAAGUUAAAAGGGCAUUUUUUUACUGCAAGGCCUGUCAUGAUGACAUCACAGAUCCCAAAAGAAUAAAAAAAUGUGGCUGCAAACGGCUGAUAUAUUCCAAGAUGUCCAUCUACAAGAGAAUGAGACGAGCAUGUUGUUUUGAUUGCGGACGUUCUGAGCGUGACUGCUCGUGCAUGUCAGGCCGUGUGCGUGGUAACGUGGACACCCUUGAGAGAGCCUUCCCACUUUCUUCUGUCUCUGUUAAUGAUUGCUCCACCAGUUUCCGUGCCUUUGAAGAUGAGCAGCCGUCAACGCUAUCACCAAAAAAAAAGCAACGGAAUGGAGGCAUGCGGAACUCACCCAACUCCUCGCCUAAGCUGAUGAGGCAUGACCCCUUGUUAAUUCCUGGCAAUGACCAGAUUGACAACAUGGACUCCAAUGUGAAGAAGUACGACUCUACUGGGAUGUUUCACUGGUGCGCGCCCAAGGAGAUAGAGAAGGUCAUCCUGACUCGAAGUGAAGCCGCCAUGACCGUCCUGAGUGGCCACGUCGUGGUCUGCAUCUUUGGUGAUGUCAGCUCAGCCCUGAUCGGCCUUCGGAACCUGGUGAUGCCGCUCCGUGCCAGCAACUUUCAUUACCAUGAGCUCAAGCACAUUGUGUUUGUGGGCUCUAUUGAGUACCUCAAGCGGGAAUGGGAGACGCUUCAUAACUUCCCCAAAGUGUCCAUAUUGCCUGGUACACCAUUAAGUCGGGCUGAUUUAAGGGCUGUCAACAUCAACCUCUGUGACAUGUGCGUUAUCCUGUCAGCCAAUCAGAAUAAUAUUGAUGAUACUUCGCUGCAGGACAAGGAAUGCAUCUUGGCGUCACUCAACAUCAAAUCUAUGCAGUUUGAUGACAGCAUCGGGGUCUUGCAGGCUAAUUCCCAAGGGUUCACACCUCCAGGAAUGGAUAGAUCCUCUCCAGAUAACAGCCCAGUGCACGGGAUGUUACGUCAACCAUCCAUCACUACUGGGGUCAACAUCCCCAUCAUCACUGAACUAGCUAAACCGGGCAAGUUGCCUUUGGUAUCAGUCAAUCAGGAAAAAAACAGUGGGACGCACAUUCUAAUGAUAACUGAACUGGUGAAUGAUACUAAUGUUCAGUUUUUGGACCAAGACGAUGAUGAUGACCCCGAUACAGAACUGUACCUCACGCAGCCCUUUGCCUGCGGGACAGCGUUUGCCGUCAGUGUCCUGGACUCGCUCAUGAGCGCGACAUACUUCAAUGACAAUAUCCUCACCCUGAUACGGACCCUGGUGACCGGAGGAGCCACACCGGAGCUGGAAGCUCUGAUUGCUGAGGAGAAUGCCCUUAGAGGUGGCUACAGCACCCCGCAGACACUGGCCAAUAGGGACCGCUGCCGCGUGGCCCAGUUAGCUCUGCUCGAUGGGCCAUUUGCAGACUUAGGGGAUGGUGGUUGUUAUGGUGAUCUGUUCUGCAAAGCUCUGAAAACAUAUAAUAUGCUUUGUUUUGGAAUUUACCGGUUGAGAGAUGCCCACCUCAGCACCCCCAGUCAGUGCACAAAGAGGUAUGUCAUCACCAACCCCCCCUACGAGUUUGAGCUCGUGCCGACGGACCUGAUCUUCUGCUUAAUGCAGUUUGACCACAACGCCGGCCAGUCCCGGGCCAGCCUGUCCCAUUCCUCCCACUCGUCGCAGUCGUCCAGCAAGAAGAGCUCCUCUGUUCACUCCAUCCCAUCCACGGCAAACCGACAGAACCGGCCCAAGUCCAGGGAGUCCCGGGACAAACAGAAUGCAACAAGGAUGAAUAGAAUGGGCCAAGCAGAAAAGAAAUGGUUUACAGAUGAACCGGAUAAUGCCUAUCCCAGAAACAUUCAAAUCAAGCCCAUGAGUACCCACAUGGCUAACCAGAUCAACCAAUAUAAAUCCACAAGCAGCUUGAUUCCACCAAUCAGAGAAGUUGAAGAUGAAUGUUGACUCCCAGGAGACCAGAACUAUUUUUUUAAAGCCUGACAAACUUCAUCAAUGGUGAUGUGACUUUUCUUCUUACAUGCUGAAUCACUGGUGGAAACAUUAGGAUAAGCAAGAAUUGCCAGAAAAUAAAGUAGACAGAUCUUUCUCUUUGUCUGCCUUGAAUAUUGCUUCCAUGUAUUUUGGAAAAGAAAAUGAUUUCAUUUAUAAAUGAACAUACUAAAAUAGUCAUGUAUAGCCUCUAGCAUUUUAAAUUAUUUUUGUUUAUUAGAAAGAAAAUAUAUUUUUUCUUUUCUUUCCAUUGUCAAAUAUCUUCCCUAUAUCUAAACAAUGCAAACUCUAAAUGAAUAAGUGGCCAGACUCCUUAAUGCGUUUUUCUCUUCUUUCUCUCUUUUUCUUUUGAGGAGAAUGAUGGUCACCACCACAAUUAAUUGUAAUUAAUUUUAAUGAAUUAUUAAAACAAUUUUAAAAUGGCCAACGAUGUAUACAUGUAUUUUAGUAAGUCCAAAAAAGAAGACGAAGGGGACAGGUGAAUACCUGCUCCUCGCCUGGAUGGGUGUGUGUUUUGAUCUGCAUUGACACCAGCUCUUAAUAAAUGGAAACUUAUUUAUUUUCACAGUUGAAAGUCAUAUUUUUGUAGUUUUAGUUUUCAUUCUGUAGUUCUCACCCCUUUGUUCAUAUUUUUAAAGGGAAGACCUUCUUGCUGCUUUUCUACAAUUGGCAGAUCAGGUUUGUCUGGCCAACUAAGGAUACCAGGAGGGUUGUGGGCAAGCCUGGGAUGUGGAAGCUGAGGACCAGAUGCGCACAAGGCAUUGCUCUGUUUGCUGUUCUAGUGGUGGGGACUCCUACAUGCUGUAUGCUUCUCAUUUUGUAUUUCCAAACCACCUGAGCGAGUAAUGUCAACUUCGGGAGGGUCUGGUGGACUUCCUCCCCACUCCCCAAGUCUCAGAGCUUUUAGCCUGGAAGUUUGUAAAACUGAUCAAUAGUUUUACUUUACCAUAGGCUAUGAGAGGGCAUUCAUUCUUCUCACUGAGUUUUUGUUUAAAAACCAGGAAAUUUCUACAAUCAUGGAGACGGGAUUUUAAUUUGCAUGCUCUCCUUUAUUUAGUUGCUGGGGCCAAACACGUGAACUUGUUACAACAAUUUUAAAAAUAAUAAUAACAAAAGGAAAGCAAUGAAUGCACUUCAUAUAGACUGUUAGAAAAGGCCUUUGAAAAUUACCAGCAGUGAAAUCAAAUAUAUCAGCCACUUUAAACUGCGGUCAAAAGAUUUUUCUAGCCAUCAGAUGCAAUUACAAUGUCUCAGAGCUCUGCUGUCGCUUGCAUGCUAGGUGUACAGUCUCCCGGCAACUGUUUUGUUCUAAUCAACUUAGCAAGUCUUUCAACUUUAAAAUUAUCAGUCUUUGAUAUGAUCAUCAAGGUCUCUGGAGAAGCAUGGAUGUGAUAGUGAUUUCUAUUUUCUUUAAAAAAUGUAAACUGUGGACACUUAAAGGAACCAAGCUAACCAAAGUAUCUCCCCAAAAUUUCAUGAUAUCUAGUCCAUUAACUCUUUGGACCAUGACCUGUGGUACUUAGUUAUGGUAGUGCAAAUCAGAUCAGAGCAAAGCAAUGAGAUCAUCAUGAAGACAUAUGUCCACUAAGUACUCCAAUUACCAAUGUAGGCAAAAUGAGCUUCCAUCUCUGUCCACUCCCUGCAGAGCCAAUAUAGUUGUGCUUCCACCUCGUAGGCAUUGUCCUGCAGUGACUUGUCGGACUGUGGUUACUCUGUCGUCACAUUUUGUAGAAUUAGUUCUAUAAAAGUAUUGUGAAUAUAAUGUAUGUCCAAUUGGAUUGUUUAAAAACUACUUAUAAUUAAUCACUAGCCUACUCAGCAGACUAAAAUGACGUCAACAGUCUAUAUUCAGGCUUAUAAACAUUUCUUGGUUUCCAACAGAAGUCAAAUGUGUUUGUGGGGAGAACCUUUUGCCAGGAUUUUGACAACUUUCCUGAAAGCUAGGCCUUCUUUUACAUAAUGAUUUUGCACUGGGGUCACCUUAGUACAUUCACGUCAAUCCACGCUCUUCUUUCCUUCGUGAACCAUAGUGGGCUCUUCACUCCUGCUCCUAAUAACCACCUCCGAAUUUGUUAGAGCGAUUUGGUCUCCUCUGGCAGGCUGUGGUGGCCACAUAAAGGAUCUUCCAUUAGAGGGACACAGGACACAAAGCUCCAUUCCCACUACCCUCUCUUCCCUGUGUCUCCCCUACCAAGGUAAUCUGGAAGCAGAAAUGCAAACUCCAACCCCACAACACAUCCAUUGAUGCAUUCGUGGCUAGAGAUUUGAAUCUAAACUUAAAAAAAAAAAUCAUAAUAAUUAGGAUCAUCUCCUACAGCAAAGGGCUCCUUGAUUCAUAAGCACCACCACCCCAGAAAAAACAAAACAAAUUAGUAGAAAUUCAUUUUCUUAAGUAGAGCAAUAAGUUCAUACUAUGUUGCCUUUGUAAUAAUGAAUUGUUCUGGCCUAGAAAACAAAAUGAGGCGUUUUGUUAAGGAGGUAGGAAAAUGGCUGGCUGUUGGGCCCUUUGGCAAAAGCUGGUGCCUGGUAAGUAGAAAGCGAAAUGGAAGCAAGUAAGAUUUGGGAAAUCACUGGAAGGCUCAAGCAAAUGCCAGAGCUUCUCCCUGGCUUGUUCCUACUCGUUGAGCUCUUUGGCCCUGAGUCCCAUCCAUCUCCGCUGAGACAGUCUGUCUUUCUGCCUACAUCCACCUGAGACCAAGGAGGGUCUUCUUUAGUACAGUCCACAUUAUGAGGCUCUGAUUUCCAUCCCAGUUUAGGGCUCCAGAAAAGCCAUUCUCCCAAACUAAUGAUUCUUGGGUGCUGUGGGAAUCAAAGACUCACCAACAGGCUGUUUACAGAGCAGAAAAUAUCAUCACCAUCAUCACCUUUCUCCUUGAGAAAACUUAUUUUUUUCUUAUCAAUUUUAUAUUUUAGAAUAUCAUCUUGAACCGUUACAAAACACCUUAAAUAAAAGUGACUGUGACUAAGGCAUGUUGGAGAACAUUCCAAAACUCUUUCUUCCCAAGGGUUCUGGCACCUUAUGAUGUACUUUGUAAAAAAUUGAUUGAAGAUUUUAAAUAAACAGGAAAUUGGAAGUGUUUUUUAGAGUUAGAUAAAGGAAAAGUGAAAAAGCAUAAGAAAUCUGGGAUAUUUUCAUGUUGAAAGGAGAAAAAGCACAAAUUCCCUAGUUACCAUUUAAUAUGAGGGUGCAAGAGCCGCAUUUACAACCAGCUAUGAUCUUUGAAAAUGUUUUUAAAACUCUCUGCGUCUCAGUGACUUCAUUUGUAAAUGAGAGUGAUUCCUCUAGAUGACUCUAAGGUCCCUUCAGGUCCCAGGGCACAUGAUCUAAGUUAGGAGUGGGAACAUGGGAGCGGCUGCCUCUUCUUGGCUAAACAUUUGGAGACUAUUGUGUCCAGGGCUGGAAUAAUCAUCCUUUAUGUUGCAUCACCCAGGCAACACUCUCAGCCUUACUCACGAGUGGUGAACAUUUUCUGCUCUGGACGUAGAAUAGGUAGGUUCAUUCCUGUGCUUUUCACCUUAGAGUCUUUUUAGGUUCAAGAUGCAAAUUUCUCAUUUCGGAGAAAUGAUAGUCACCAUCACAAUUAAUUGUAAUUAAGGGAAAUGAAUUAUUAAAACGAUUUAAAAAUGGCCAGCACCUGAAUCACAUUGGUCAUAUUUCACUGCCUGUUCUAGGGUUUUCUUCUCAAUUUCAUCCCUCCUUUCCCCGCCCUUUUUUUUUUUUUUUUUGGUUCAAGGCCCAGCUUCAGUUAAUCCCUUCAUCUCUAUUCCAUGUCUCCAAUUCCUAGUAUGUAACUAGAGGUUCAAGAGACCCCAAAUUCCUGCCAUUUUCCCCAUUUAUGUUUCCCCAUGUGGAUCUUCAGGAAGUAACCAGUCUUCCUUCUCACUUCAUUUCCUGUCCUCUGUUUAUUUGGUUGUUUUUUUUCGUUAAUAAACUAACCAUCUCUUAGCUACUUACAUUCAUAAAUGUAAUUUUAAUCUAUUGUUUUAUUGUCAAAGGGAACCUCAUUGAAGGAAGGAAAGGCGAAAUUGAGGAAUAAAGGUAGGAAGGGAGAGAAACAAAGACUAUUCAACCAUUUGACUGAGAUGUGAGCCGCCUUGACUCCUAGGAGACUAAGUAGAUCCAUUCAGCUUGAACACUGAGCUCCAGGGCAGAAUCUGUCCAUUUUCUGUUUUAUUCUUACUUGCUGCUUUUGGAAUGGUGGUAAAGCCACCAAUUGCCAUGACCCUUGAAAGGAUCUUCACUAAUUAGGACUGACUCACCCUCUUUAAAAAGCAAAAGAAACAGAAUUUACUUACAAUCUUCUGGCAAAUUACCUUUCUGCCCCUCUCCUCAUUCCCAAAAGGCAUUUUAUUUUAAUCCAGCAGAGAUGAUUUAGCAUAUAAAUCCCAUGGUCAUUUGAGGAGGUGAUGAUGCUAUUUGGAUUUAUUUAUGAGAGAGUAGUAAUGAGAAAUGAUUCCUAGACAGUUUAUACUAGUUCGGUCAUAUUGGUUGUUUAAGUGCAGUCUUUUCCAAUUGGUUGUUUCCAAUAAAAUAUCAGUUGUUAAUAAUUUCAAGAAUUCCAUAAAAAUAAGGAAACUUGGAAAACAUUUUAAAUUUUAUUUCUUAAGAGACCACAGAGCCUAAUUUUCAAUUUUUAUGGUAAGCUUGCUUAAAACAUGUAUAGAAAGAAGCCUAUGUGCUCAAAGACAGAGGCACCUUUAGCCCUACAAUGGUUGGAAGCUCCAUGAUAUCAUAGCCCCACAUGGAUAGAUUGGAGAAAGAAUUCUGACUUAGACCCCCUGUAGCAGACUUUCCUCUUUUGACAUAUAUAUAUAUAUAUAUUUUUUUAAUCACAGAAAGGACCUGAGACUCCUUAUCUAAAGAUAAGACAAACUUGGGGUAUACAUUAAGAAUCCAGGAAGACAGAAAAAAAGAAAAAGAUAUAAUAAGCAGUAUUUUAAAAUACCAUCAGUUAUGGGCAUGCAUCUGGUACAAAGAGUAGUUCUUUAGGUUGGAAGAAAGAAGAGUUUGCAUUGAGCUGCAUGGGCUGGUAAGAAUGCAGAGGCAUAUAAUGCUUGAUGGGCUUUGGAGGCAUUUCAAUAGUAAUUGGGUGACAGGACUGGAAAGAUGUGUAAUAUGAGGGUUUUCCAGGGAGAUGGGACUUAAUGGGCCAUGAUGUAUUUGUAGGAAUGUGAUUUCAAUAGAUUGACUAUUUUGUCUACUGUGUUAAGUUUGUGUAGGGGAACUGGGGAAAACUGAGAUGCUACUUCAUGGAAGGAGCUACAAAGUACAGUCUAAAGGCCUAUAUAAAAGCUUGAAACUUGAUUUAGAAAGUCAUGAAAAGCCACUAAGAGUUUUAAGCAAAGAGUGAUGGGGCAGCAAUGGCUGUGCAUUUUUCAGGCUGAAAGUAGUGAGAUGUCAGUUCUUCCUGGAAAAUAUCAUGAGAAUGCACACAAAACUGAACAUAUUCUCAGUAGCAAGGAGUGCUAAAGGUUGCCCACUCCAAGUCAACAAUUCACCGUGUGCAACACCCCCCUUCCUCACACAUUUGGCUUUGCUUUCUGUCACAAGACCAUCAGACGUAGAACGUCCUGACUCUCCUGAAUUACUAGAAUGUCAGCAACAAACUCACAAAGUAGAUUAGAGGGUAGGAAUGGAUACAUAAAUUUUUAAAAAUUGGCCAAUCAUACUAUUUUCUAGACAGUAAUAUAAUAAGAACAUGAGGCAGGACAUCCACAAAUUGUAGAGAAUAAUUAAUAGUCCAGAACUGCCAAAUAGGAAUUUCCAUUAUGAAAACAUCCUUGUAGCUAAUCAGGGAGCCCUUGCUUAGAAACCUGUUAGCACCCAUUAAAUAUUUGUAAAAGGAGCGGAUGGGAGAGAAAUGAGCACAAUAUAGGUACUGCCAUCAAUCAGCUUAUAAUACAACUAAAGAAAGAAAACAUGCUCAAAGCGCCAUUAGAGAAAGGGUGAGCCCUAACGAUAUAGUUUCACAUUCAAUAUGGUAGGAGAUGAAACAAGGGAGAAAUGCUGUGGUUUGAAGUGGUUCAGCAAGGUAGGAUUUCUAGAGAAAGGGGGGUUUAGGAGUUAGAUUAGUAGAGGGUCAGCAUUCCAGGUAUGAAGGCAGGAUUAUCUGGCAUGUGGCAGGGUGGGUGAUGUUCAUCAGUAACUGCUAAUUGAUAUUUACUGAGCAACUGUUGUGUCCUCAAGACUGUAAGGCUAUUAGAGAAAGAUAGCCCGCCUGCCUAACUGGGAACACAAGGCACACAUAUAUUGGAAAGAUCACGUUGCACAAAACAGGUGUUCAAUAAAUAAUUUUUUAAUAAAUGUGAACACUCAAUAACAAAUAAAUGUUACAGAUUGUAAUAGUUGUAGAAGAUUGGUUGGGAUUGUAGUGACUGGAUAUGGGGCAAUGGCUGUGGGUCUAGAGUAUAUUCAUUGUGCAGUGAACACACACCUAAUCUGUCCUCAAGGACAGAACCAUGUGGAGGAAUAGGAAAACAAGAGAAGCAGGCAGGAAGGGGAGGCUGUGAGUAUGACAGCUAAGAAAUGUUAUAUUGGGUUAAUCCAGAGCAGGAAAAGCUGAGCGCUGUCCAUGAGAGAAGGCCCCAUAGGCAAGACGAGUGGGACAGGGGUGUGAAGAAGUGGGCUACAACAGGCCCUGCAGAUGUGGAAGCCAGAUCCACAGAGGCACUUAGAAAGUGAGGAUCCUGGAUGAAUUAUUUUAGGGAGAAAGUAUAGGUUUAGAUCAGCUGGCAGAGAUGUGUUUGUAAGCUAAAGUCAUGUUUUUCAGGACUAAAAAGGAGCAAAAUAAGUAGACCUUCUUGGGACAGGAGAUCUAGGGUACUCUGAAACCAGGAAAAUGAGAAAUAAGAGGGGAAUUUUAAGAAAGAGAGGACAGAUCAUCUAUGAGGCUGGAGAUGAAAGGUGUUGGAGAUGGUGAUGUAGAAGUCAAAGGACUCACUUGAAGGACUCACUCUGCUUAUUUGUCCAUAUUCCCAGAGCUUGUCAUGAGAUCUGGCCCAGGUGGACAGUCACUCAGCCACUAUGUGUCACUGUGGCUGCCAUGGUGGAUGGAGGCUGGACAGGUAGUGUGGCGAUUGGCAGUCUUUCUGGAGGACUCAGGAGGGAGGGGUUUCAAGGCGGGCAUCACUUUUCACGUUCCUGUCCAUGUCUGUACUGUUCUUCUUCCCUCCCUGAACAGCACACACCCUGCACCCUUAGUUUCAGGGGUCUGAAAACAAAUGCUACAACCACACUGCUUUGGUGGCUUUUCUGAACAGGCAGUGUGAGAAGAGAUGUUCUGGCCAGGUGAAAGUGGACUUUAUCUUUAGGUAGGUUUGUCAGUUUAGAAAGGUUUCCUUUGCUUAUCCCUUGAGGACUUCUGUGCUGCUGCUUCUCCUCCGUCUUGCUAGUUAACAGAACAGGGACAGAAGUGACACCAGUACUCUUGGCCUUGCCUGCUUUGGGAAGCACUACCGGGCCCCACUGUUUAGAAUGUUAGAUGGAAAUGUACAUAAGGCACUGGCACACGCCUGCCAGAGUGACCCAGUGCUUCUCUCCCAUGGGACUCAGGGUCAGCAUGGGAAGGCUGCUGGCAGGGACAGGAGCCCCACCCACAAGGUGGACCGAGCCUCACUUCCACACAAAACCAGAAUCCCAUCUGCCCCAGAGCACUCGCUCUCCUCCCCUUCCUUCCGCUCAAUUCGGUCUGACAUGCCUUUGACCAGAACUGCAAAAUUUCAAACAUAAACCCAGAUCUGUUGGGAAAUCCUAAUUAAAAACGUUCCAUUCCCAGGUGGCACAAUCACAUCCUGCCUAAAACUUCUGGCCCACAUCCCACCACCCAGAUGUUGAAAAGAAACCUUCCUCUGCGUAACACCAAAACUUGCACUUCAAGGUUUCUUUAGGGGACAAAGAAAAAUAAAAAGUACACACAUGCAGAGUGCAGCCUACAUGUUCAUUAAGGAAAAAGAGCGUGGCUUAUUCAUCUUUCGAUCUUUGUUGGCAUUAUGAUUAUGAUUAUGAUUAAUUACUCUGACCUGACAGGAAUUGAAGAAGAGAAUAUAUGCUGGUGCUCUGAAAUGAUCUACCCAACUCUGUCAUCUGUAACAACCAGUGAUAACUCUCUUGUCUUGUAAAAAGGGUUUGUACAUAACUUGUACAUGGUUUCAUUUUGUAUUUUUCGCAGAUUAAAAAUUUAUGUAUUUGUGUUCUAAAA